AUGCCGAUUCUGGAUAAAAGAAAAGGAGAUGAUAUCUUGGCAUUGGUCCCUGCUUCGAAAAGAACCAAGAAUGAAAUCGUUUUCAGCAGCAGAGAAAAGGCGGUUGUGCAAAGCGGUCCACCGCGAACAUCCUCCUUAAUGUCGAUGAUAAUGUUGCUCGAGGGACACCAAGGAGAUAUCUUUUCUUUGGAAUUUCAUCCGGAAGGACAGUAUCUGGCAUCCACGGGAUUCGAUCGACAAAUCUUCAUCUGGAAUGUUUACGGAGAAUGCGAGAAUAUUGGCAUCAUGACUGGACACAGUGGUGCUGUGAUGGAAUUACACUUCAGUCCAGAUGGCAAUCACUUGUACACAGCUAGCACAGACAUGACACUGGGUUUGUGGGACAUAGUAGCUGGAACACGGAUCAAAAAGUUGAAGGGCCAUACUUCGUUUGUAAAUUCUGUGUCAGGUGCGCGAAGAGGACCCACGCUACUCUGCUCGGGUAGUGAUGAUAGUACGAUACGUAUUUGGGAUCCCAGGAAGCGGGGUCAGUGCCACACAUUAAACAAUACAUAUCAGGUAACUGCGGUAACGUUUAACGAUACGGCGGAGCAAGUAAUCAGCGGCGGUAUCGAUAAUGAUGUAAAGGUAUGGGAUCUUCGAAAAAAUGCGGUGCUUUACAAAUUGAAAGGACACACCGAUACCAUUACUGGAUUGAGUCUCAGUCCCGACGGAUCUUAUAUACUUUCCAACGCUAUGGAUAACACGCUGAAGAUAUGGGAUGUACGACCGUUUGCACCUUAUGAACGCUGCGUAAAAAUACUGUCCGGACAUCAGCAUAACUUUGAAAAGAAUCUUCUGAGAUGUGCUUGGUCACCGGAUGGCAGCAAAGUCUCGGCUGGCUCCUCGGAUCGAUUUCAUUAUAUUUGGGAUACCACAAGUCGUAGAAUAUUAUACAAAUUGCCGGGACACAACGGAUCUGUGAAUGACAUUGAUUUCCAUCCAAAAGAACCUAUAGUGUGCUCGGGAUCUAGCGACAAGCAAAUAUAUAUGGGCGAGAUUGAAACUUAAUAAUACUAGAAUUAUUGGUUACUAAAUUGCAAUCCUUUCCUCGCUUAUAGUUUUUUUUUUUUUUAGUACACGUCCUAUUUUAUCUGAAAUGAAGAAUUUGCUUUAAUAUAUAUAAGUGUAUAAACGGAUAUGUACUGUAUAUGCGACGUUCACACCUGAAGCAGUGGUCAUAUUUUUUCGCGCAUGUGCAGUAAUAUAAAGGUAUUUAAUAAGUAAUGUACUUGUCCGAUAAAGGUAUAAAACCAAUCAUGAAUUUGGAAAAGAAUAGAAAGUGUAAAUCAUUGAUUAAUAAUACAAUUCAUAGAGAACUAUAGCAAAGUUUACU